AUGGCUUCCACGCCGCGACAUUCCUAUUUCGACGACGGAAAGGAUCCUGGUCCUGAUGACAGUGUCUCAAUGGUCUCGACCUCCACAGCCGGCGACAGCGAGUCACACGCUCUCCAAACGCCGACGUCUUCGUCCGCACCCACAUCCACGCUGAAUCGCAGCAGUAACAUCCCUUAUAUCACCCGUGAUUCUGCACCCGGCCCCGGCUCGACUUACAUCAUAGUCACCAAGUGUGGGGAAGGGAAUCAGGCACUCACUGUCGUCGAGGGACAUCUACGCCUGGCGACUCCUCUUGAACUACUUCCCAACCCGCCCGUUCUUGACGCGGCCCAGGCAAAGACCUUGGCGGGUAUUUGCAACUGGCAUUGGCAGUGCGAGGAGUCAGACGGAUGGCUUUGUUUUCGGAACGCAGCGACGGGGUUGUGGCUUGAGUCUUUUUGUACGUGCGUCAAUGAAGUCAAGACGCCCGCGACGGUUCUUUCAAGAGCGACCAGCUUCAAGCGUGCCGAUCUAGGGGAAAGUGAGCAGUUUUGUGUGAGGAAAUCCGUGGAUGACAAAGGAUAUCUGCUUCUGAAGAGGGUUGAUCUCAAAAAAACUGUGUGUCUUUUACCGGUCAAGGCGGUGUCUGUUCGGCCGAUCAUGAGUCUCGCAGCAAUGAACCUAAAGACUGCGGAUGUGGAUAAGCAGCGAAUGACUUGGGAGUUUGUCAAGGUGGACCAUGAUUAUGCCCCUGAAACGAGGAUAUUUGGGCAACCCCUGUGA